UGACGCGUUUCUCGCGCGACUCACAAUGUGGAAACCUGUUGCUGCAUCAGUCAUGGUGCUAUAUGUUUUAAUUUGAUGUAUAAAAGAAAAAAAAACAUUAGUUAAUUUUCUACCAGGGCUCUGUUGUGAAAGGCAGCCCAGGUCUAAAAGUCGCUCCACGCGGACGUUUGAACCCGGCGGUCGGAGGAAAUGCAGCAUCGGUGUCGGUACCAAGAAAAACACCUGAGUUACUACGGCAACCAUUCACCCUGAUCUGUUGCUUUUCAGGGAGCCUGGAGCAUCAAAGGGAGGCCGACAGCCAGGACCAUGGUGGGAACUGUUGGAAUCUGUUCGCCCCGGAUGAGAAACCAGUAGCUCCGGGUUGGGUGCCGCCGGCUGUGGGCUGCUCCUCUCACAUGUGUCGCUUUGUCAGACAAAAGGCUUCCCACUGUUGCACGGCCACAUGUGAGUUCACGUGGUUCGGUUUCUGCCAGAUGCAGCCGACGAAGAACUACUGCAGGAAGGGACUGCGCCCGAGCAGGAGGCGGGGGCUAAUGUCUUCCGUUAAGGGGGUGUCCCAUCUGCCCAGGCGGGACAAAAGACGCUCCUAUUAUAGGAUACAGUUCUGGCUGUGGAGGAAGAGGAGCGAGAGGUGCGGUUUUUGGAUAUUCCGUCGGAGUCGAAGGCGCGGCUCCGGGGGCCGUGCCGGCUCGGGCCCUCAGCUUAAUUUGGAGUUGCAGGAAAGUCAAGUCCUCAAGUGCCCCUUAAAGAACAAAAAAAACUCAAAGGUAAGAACCCCAGCUCCGGUGUCGACUCUCCAACAUGAUGCUGGAGGUUCUGGAGGGGCCUCUAGGGGACGGAAUUGUCUGCCGCCAGGGGGCCCACCAGGCAGUGUCUCAGUGGUUCGCUGUGGGUCGGAUCUGUCUUCAGGGACCAUCAGCGAGACAACCUCACCGACGUCAGCAUCGCUCUCCCAGAGCAGUGAAGGUUCUCUGGAGCCUGAAUGCAUCUCCCACACUCUACCCCCCCUGCAGGAGGCAGAGAGUACUGCAGCUGCAGGGAUUGAACCCGUUAGGUUACAGGAAGCGCAGACGGAUGCUCCUUUAGAAGAGCACAGUCCUGUCCUUCAACACACCCCGACAGAAACGCCAACCUCCUGUCUGAAUAAUGCUGACAUCAACAGUCUACCUAGAGAGAUCCAAGACUUCAUGGAAGGCUUCUACAGAAGAUAUGGAAGUUUCAUCCCUCUGCGUAAGAGCGACGUGUUGAAACACCUGAGGAGGAAGUUUAAAUCUAAAUUCAGUGACAGCAAAAGCCUGAUCGCCUCUGAGGUUGACAGAUGCAGAGCCGUCCUCCAGAACUCCGCCCCUGCUUUCCGGAUCACCUAUAAGAAGCACAUCCUGACGCUGGAGGACCUGCAGACGCUGGCUGAUGAGAACUGGCUCAAUGACCAGGUCAUGAACAUGUAUGGAGAGCUGAUCAUGGAGUCAUCCCAUCACAAGGUCCAUUUCCUCAACAGUUUCUUCCACCGGCAGCUCAUGACCAAAGGAUAUGACGGUGUGAGGCGAUGGACGAAGCAGGUGGAUCUGUUCUCUAAGAGUCUUCUUCUGGUGCCCAUCCACCUGGAGGUUCACUGGUGUCUGGUUACAGCCGACAUCUCCGCCAAGAAGAUCUGCCUUUACGAUUCUCAAGGCCAUUCGCUCCAGAAGGUCGCACGGAACAUCCUGAAGUACUUAAUGUCGGAAGCAAGAGAGAAGAAACAAGCGGCUUUUGAAGACGGCUGGACGCUGUCUAUAGACGAGAAUAUCCCACAACAGACCAAUGAGAACGACUGUGGAGUCUUUGUCUUAGAGGUAUGUCCUCCGCUUUACUCCAGAUGUCUGGCUCUGUCGAGGCCGUUCCAGUUUUCCCAGCAGGACAUCCCAAAGAUACGAAAGAGGAUCUAUAAAGAACUGUGUGACUGUAAGCUUCAUGAGCAGGACUGAUGAAGCCUCUGCCCAGUAGAGACGAGCAGCCGUCCAUGUCUGAGUUCCACUCUCCGUGUCGGAACAGGGGAAAGGAUCCUUACCUCUGCUGGGAUUGAUGUAUUAAUGCGAUCGCUAUUUAAUCAGAAGUGUAAUUUAAGUGAAAAGGAUCUCUGAAGUACACCAAAAAAGCCUUAUUCAUUCAGUUUUCUCCCCAACGGUUGAUACCUCAUGCUCUAUUUCACAAGCUUUAUAGUUUCUUUCUGCAGAAUGUCUGUUUCACCCAGAAAUAAUGAUAAAGUUUUACGAAAAACUCUGAAA